AUGAGUGAGCCAGCCUCGUCUAGAUGUCCAAUCCCAAGGUUCGACAUCUCAGCAGAGGGUCUGGAAGAACAGGCGAAAGACCUCAUCUCUCACAUGGAGCAAGCCACCGCUCGCCUGAUUAGCGCCUGCAUAGACAACACCUCGAUCAACUUCGAGACUAUAAUUGUGCCCCUGGCUCACAUCGACAAUAAGACCAAGGCACGAGUUCAAGAUAUAGCACUCUUCCAAGCCAUUUCUCCCAGCCUAGAUGUCAGGAAGGCAGCCUCUCGGGCAAUCUAUCUUGUGGACCGGGCUUAUCUGAAUAUAUUUCAGAACGAGAAGCUGUUUACCUUGGUGAGUCGUGUAAGGGAGAGUAAUUCAAAUACACACAGCAGGAGUGAAGAAGACGUCCGGCUACUUAGUAAAUUCCAUUGGAAUUUUAUUGAAAAUGGUAUGCAUUUAACCGGCCCGAGCCGCGAUCGGUUUCUCUGGAUCUCCCAUCGCUUGAUCGAGCUUCGCGUCAAAUUCAUGGAGACCCUCGGCUUCGAUCCAGGCUGCCUUUGGAAGAGUAAACAGCAACUAGCCGGCGUGUCUCUAAAUAAACUAUCGACCGGAGCGGGCGAGCACGAUCGGGAGGGCUUGUAUCGAAUCCCUCUUACCAGACCAAUCACCAAUCUUAUUCUGGCCGAGUGCCGCGUUCCAGACACCCGCAGGGAGGUUUAUCUGCGUAGCAGUUGUCGAUAUCAGGCUAACGUGGAAACUUUCCGCGAGAUCAUUGUGCUGCGGGAUGAGGCGGCUCGUCUAUUAGGGUUCCCUUCUUUCGCGGCCCAGAAGCUCACGCAGCAGAUGUUGGGUUCACCGGGCCACGUGAAUGACUUUCUGGAGCAUCUUCAGAAUGCUUUGAAGCCACUAGCUGAGAAGGAGAUUGCAAAGCUCCACGAGCUGACGGAUACCGAUGGCCCAAUUCAUCUCUGGGAUUUUGAUUUCUACCACACAAGAAUACUGAAGGAGCAGAACCAUGUCGACCACGAGUAUAUAUCGCAAUGGUUUCCUGCUAGGGUUACUGUUCAGCGUAUGCUUGGACUAUAUGGAGAACUAUUUGGCUUGCGCUUCGAGAAAGUGGAAAUCUCGGACCGCUCUCACACUUGGCAUCCAGACGUGGAUCUAUUCUCUGUCUGGGAGGACCAGGAGUCCGCUCUGAUCGGAUAUCUCUACACUGACAUCUUCCCUCGUGCCGGAAAAUAUAGCCAUGCAGCCAACUUCAACAUUUAUCCUAGCUUCCUAGAUACCAAUGGAAAACAGACGCCAGUCGUGACCGCUCUCGUGUGUAAUGUUUCUCAGUCAGAACCAGCGCUUCUGAGACACGCGGAAGUUGUUUCUAUAUUCCAUGAACUGGGACACGGGAUUCACGAUCUGGUAGGCAAAUCCAAAUACGCCAUGUUCCACGGCCACCGUACUGUGGCCGACUUCACCGAAGCACCCAGUCAAUUACUGGAGUACUGGUGCUGGACACCUGAAUGCCUCCGACAACUCAGCUGCCACUACUCCUACGUCUCCCCAGAGCUUUACAGCCACUGGUUGGGCGGCCGGGACGAGAGGAAUGCCACACAACCUCCGAUGGAACUUCCUCUUGUGCUGGCUCAAAAUCUUGGCGCUACGAAGCAGCUCAACCAAGGCAUUCUCACUCUCCGACAGGUCGCAUUCAGCAAAUUCGACAUGCAGAUCCACAAUCCCGAUUCCCAUCACGCUAUCGAGAGGAUGCAUAUCCCCAAAGUUUACAAUUCGCUCCUGGAAACCACGACGGGCCUGAGUGGCCCGGGAAAUGUGUAUGAUUGGGGUCACGGUCAUGCCACGACCUCGCAUUUUGUGUGGGGCCAAGAGGCUAGUUACUACUCCUACCUGUAUACUCGUACAUUAGCCGCGGACAUAUGGUCAUCCUGCUUCAAGGAUUCUCCCAUGAGCCGGCAGGCAGCCAUAAAGUAUCGACAGCAAGUUUUGAACCACGGUGGCAGCAAGAAUGAACACAAGGCAGUGCAGGAAUACCUGGGGAGGGCUCCCACCUCGGAUGCAUAUUUGCAAGACCUUGGUUGUAAGGUCCUCACCACGUCAGCUUAA